AUGUGUUCGGACAUCAGCAUCCAGUCCCAGGAACAUCAUAUUGCAUUGCCAGACUUAAUACUCUGGAAAAUUGAGGCGUUUGAUGACACAAUUGAUACGUGGACAGCGUACACGGAACGUUUAGAACAGUACUUCGAAGUUAAUGGAAUUACGGGCGGCAAACGUGUCCCUGCGCUCCUAAGUUUGAUUGGGGGAAAGACUUACGCUUUACUAAGGAAUCUUGCAAAACCAGAUAAACCAAAGGACAAGAGUUUUAACGAUAUUGUUAAGGUUCUUAAAGAUCACCUAUCGCCAAAACCCUUAGUAAUUGCGGAAAGAUUUCGUUUCCAUAAAAGAGAGCAAAAAGAGGGCGUAAGUGCCAAUGAAUAUGUUGCACAAAUCAGGAAACUUUCUGAGUAUUAUGACUUUCAGGAUCUAAAUGACACUCUUAGAGACCGAUUUGUUUGUGGACUACGAGAUGAACAAACCCAGAAGAAAUUACUGUCCGUGCAGGGGCUCACCCUGGAUAAAGCAAUUCAAAUAGCGGUCGCUAUGGAAAUCGCAUCAAAAGACGCCUUGGAACUGCAGGGAAAAAGUCGCGAGUCUGGAGUCAACAAAUUAAAAUUCCAGAAAUCGAAAGCAAAGUUGGAAAAACCGAAACCUGUGAAUUGUUACCGAUGUAACAAAAGUGGCCACAGAGCAGAAGAAUUCAGAUUCAAAGAUGCAACAUGUCACAAAUGUAAAAAGAAAGGACAUAUUAAAGCGGCAUGUCGUGCAAAGGACCAGUCAUUCAAAUUUCCGAAGAAAGUGCAUGCAGUAGAUAAAGACAGUGAUUUAGGAUUGUACACUGUACAUACCGGUAAGCGAAAUGAGAUAAUGGUGGAUGUGUUUAUUGACGGGAAAAUUGUCAACAUGGAACUAGAAACGGGUUCCGCAGUCUCCGUUAUUCCGGAAAAAGUUUUUACAGAAUUGUUUCCCAGGAGAAAACUCGAGGAUACAAGCGUCACUUUAAUGACUUACUCAGGAGAAAAACUCAGACCUCUUGGUGUAGUUCGUGUAGAUUUCUUAUACAGAGAUCAACAGGAAAAGUUAGAACUUGCCGUGUUUACAAUCGAAACUGGAUCCGUCAAUGGAAUCAAAGCGAACCUCAUCAUGAAGGAAAGCGCUAAACCAGUAUUUGUGAAAGCAAGAUCGCUUGCUUACGCUCUGAAACCCAAAUAUGAAAAAGAGUUGGAACGACUUGAAAGUGAGAACAUCAUAACCAAAGUUCCGACAAGUGAAUGGGCCACACCAAUUGUACCGAUAGUAAAGAGAUCAGGUGAUAUCCGAAUUUGUGGGGAUUUCAAAGUUACGAUAAAUCCGCAACUUGAAAUAAAGCAAUACCCAUUGCCUCGCAUUGAGGACAUAUUCGCUUCAUUGGCAGGUGGACAAAAAUUCUCAAAGAUCGAUCUGAAGAACGCAUAUUUGCAACUUGAAGUAGAAGAGGAAUCAAAGAAAUUUCUUACAAUCAACACACAUCGAGGAUUGUACCGUUACAACCGACUCCUAUUCGGGGUGGCGUCAGCACUUGCUAUAUGGCAACGCACUAUUGACACAAUAUUGCAAGGAUUAAAUGGAGUACAGUGCAUUUUGGAUGACAUGGUAAUUACGGAGCCAACCAAUACCACCCAACUUCGUGCAUUUCUAGGUCUUGUGAAUUACUAUCACAAAUUUCUUCCAAAUUUAUCAUCUGUUCCACACCCGUUACACAAACUCUUGGAAAAGGAAGUCAAAUGGCAGUGGACCAAAGAAUGUCAGGAAGCGUUCGAGGAAGCAAAAAGGUUGGUAACUUCUGAUCAAGUAUUAUGUCACUAUGAUCCAAACUUACCAAUCAGGUUAGCGUGUGAUGCGUCACCUUUUGGAUUAGGGGCAGUGUUGUCGCACGUGUUGAAGCAUGGGACGGAACACCUGACCGCGAUCGCUUCAAGAACUUUGAAUAAGGCUGAGAGGAAUUACAGUCAAAUUGACAAGGAAGCUCUUAAAAUUGUGUUUGGUGUAAAGAAAUUCCACACUUAUCUGUAUGGUCGCGAGUUUACAUUGAUAACCGAUCAUCAGCCGUUAGUGUCAAUUUUCAAUCCUAAGAAAGGAAUUUCAGUUACCUCCGCUGAACGAAUGCAAAGACAUGCAAUAUUUUUAAGUGGAUAUACGUACAACAUUGAAUAUCGCAAUACAAAACGCCACACGAAUCCGGAUGGAUUGUCAAGAAUUUCUCAGGAAAAGGAAGGACUUGAGGCCGAAGACUUAACUGAUGUAGCAGAUAUGUUUACACUCAGUCAAUCAUCUGUCGUCAGUGUUUGCCAUGUUAACAUCCAUCUGCUGUUCAAGACAGCCAAAAGAUCUUGA